GCUUGCAUUUAAAAAAAAACAUAUUUGUUUUUAAUAAAUAUUUAAUUAUUUAUAAUUUUUUGAAAUAUAUAUUGACAUCUGCCAAUUGGCCACCACACAAAACCCGAGUUGUGAUCAUCAUUCCUACCCAAACCCUAAUCUCUUCAUCUCUAAUUGGUUAGCACUUUCUUCACUCAUCUUCACUCUUCUUGCACAAAGUCUCUUGCCAUAAAAUGCCUUCGAAAAUCUCUUCUCCUUCAUCAAACUCAUCACCCAUCUCUCCACAAAACCCUAAUUCUCAUUAUGAACAUACCAGGAACCUCCAAAGAAAAUAGCGGUCGCCACCCUUUGUACAAGGGAGUGAGACAACGAAAGAACUCAGACAAAUGGGUUUCUGAGAUCCGUGAGCCGAGAAAACCUAACCGUAUCUGGUUAGGGACAUUCUCGACCCCGGAGAUGGCGGCAAUUGCCUAUGAUGUGGCAGCUCUAGCCCUCAAGGGAACUCAAACUGGGCUCAACUUUCCAAACUCAGCCUCCUCUUUGCCUGUCCCAGCCUCCAUGUCUCCAGGAGACAUCCAAGCCGCAGCCGCUUCAGCCGCCGCUGCUUUUGGUGCUGCUAGGGAUGCGAUUGUAGUGGCCAAUAAUAGCAGUGUGGAACGGAGUAACGUGAUGAUGAAUGGUAGUUAUGAGAAUACAAAUGGAUUUAUGGACGAGGAUUUGAUAUUCGACAUGCCUAAUGUGCUCAUGAAUAUGGCUGAAGGAAUGCUUCUCAGCCCACCUUGUCAAUUCACCUUUGAUGCUGCUUCCGAAGCUGAUGAUUACGCCGGAGAAGACGAUUACUUGUGGAAUUUUACUUGAUAGCAGCCAUAUAAUAUAUAUAAGUAAGUAUGUGAUUUUGUGUGUAUGUACAUAUAAUAUAUAUGUAUAUAUGAAUUAAAGAAAUGGUGUCUAGCCAUGCAUUGUACGCAUGGUUAACCACCGCUGUGACCAUAAGAUAAGGCCGCCUGUAUUAAAGUUAUUUUCUUUGCAUAUUAUCUAGUCUGAUGUACAUGCAUAUGUAAUCACAGUUCAUGCCUUGUCUGAUACUUUGUUUAAUUUUACAGAUAGACAACGUUCUUAUAGGGGUUUCUUUAAGUAAGGGUUCAUAUAAUAAUGUUUGUUAUAGACUAUGCCACUAUAAUUUCUAAACUCUAAAGCUAAUUUCACGGAAGAAUGAAAACCAUUUUGAACCAUGAAACCACACAGUUUAUGAACAAAAGAAUCACAUAAUGGCGGUCAAUCCCAUGGACUAAUCUCGUGGUAACACAUAUUGACCUGCUUUCGUCCGAUGGAUACACAAAAGUUACGCAGUUGCGUUGAUUACAAAACCGUCCCUCUCUCGUGAAGGGAAUUGGAUGAUCGGGACUACUUCCGUUUUAGUCGAGUGGAGUCCCUCACACUCUUUUCCCUAAUUAAUAUGAACCUUGAGUCAGCAAAUUUUCUUUCUGACUCAAGACUUAUGUCUCGUAUAUAUGUAGUAAUUAAGAUAUUUAUGUUAUUUGAAUUUGUUACAUGUGAAGAGAGCCACCUUCAUGUGUUUUACCAGUACAAGCGUAGGGGCCUCAAGCUGUGUAAGGACGUGAUCUAGGAGAGGGAACCUUGGCACAUGGGAUGUUGGAUGAUGGGAAAGGCAUGUGACGUAGGGUUAGUCUCUUAUAACUUAUAAGAGGCGUGGGUAUUGUACAGUGAGGGUCUGAAGAUUAUUGAUCAUCAUGUUCAUGUUCACGUAAAGAGAGUGCAUGUGGCUCUUUUGGCGUAACCGGGAUUAUCUAAAGUUUCUUUCGAUAGUUCAUAAAGCUUGUAUCCAUUAACCGUAACAACUUGGUAUCAGAGUUAUUUCGACUUUUGGAAUGGAACCAUGACUAAGGGAACAUGGAUUAAAGAGACACUCGAGCGGUACGACAAAUUAACUCUGAGAAGGAUGAUGACCAUUACAGUAGAGCAGUGGCUUCAACAAAACAAAACAAAAAUGAUGAAAAAAAACAAUUUAUUUUUACUGAAGUAUUAUUCAAAUAGGUGACUUGCAUGUUUGACCAUUUUCAUAACCCUAGCAACCGGGUAAAGAAAAUAUUUGCUAGCAAUGCCUUUUUAGUAUAAAUAUUUGAGUCUAUAAGACUAAAAAAUUAGUACUAAUAAAUGGGUUUGGUGAUAUGAUAACACAAGUUGAUUAUUAGUCUUAAUCGAAUCAUAACCUUGCUGAUUUUCUUAUAAGUAAUUUAAACUUUUAGUCGAUUACUGGUAUAAUCUUUUUUGACAGAGGGAUUUGUUUUUAUUUUGAUCAACUAAACGGUUCAUUCAACAUUGAGUUUUUAUGUUUAUAAUUAAAAGACAAUAUUGUUACAUUUUUGAAUUUGACUAAAUAUAGUUUGGAAGUUGUAAAUAUAAACAGAGAACGCAAACUGAAUUUUUUUUGUUUAAACUUCAAAAUUACAUCUUAUUAUAUAAAGUUUGGUUCUUCAAAGUUGAUAAUUAACAUUAUCGCGACACAUGGCAAUUAUAUAUUUAAGAU